AUGAGCCUAUCCCAACUGAAUCAGUACAUCACUCAAGUCUGCCAACCCCUUUCCCCAAAAGCUUCCCACAAGUUACUGUUCUCACGUCUCAACGCCCCCGAAAACGAUUCAGAUACCCAAAUCUUUCCUGUACAAGCCUUUCGUCUUGGCUUCUGCAUCUUGCAAUCCCCCAACCUCGCCGUUCAAGACAUAUCAGACCCGGCCGCUUUAAAUGCCAAGGCGAGGGUUUCAAUCGGCUUGCCCACGCUUGCAGACCUGCCAAGCCACCGACCAACAGACCCCUUCAGAACGGCGGCGCAGAACUUGAAGCAGGGCGAGCCACUGGACUUCGAUGGUGCCCAUGCGGCCCAUCCACCGCCGCACGCUCCUAGUGGCUUGAGCGCCGCACGCUCCGAGUCGCUUGACGAUGCACUCGGCCGUUCCCUGGCGCUCCAUCUGGAGCAGCAGCUCGGUCUACAUAACCCCCCGGCUGCCCGAUUGACGACCAUCAACUCCGUCGGCCCGUUGCCAGCCGGCUUGCUGCUCAUCCCGCCCCCCACUGAUUUUGUCUCCGUGGGCACUGGUGCCCCCAACACUCAGGGCCAGUCAGAGCCUACGCUGUUGCCGAUGCUCAUCGACCCGCCCGAGCAGAUCCUCGGCGUCGCUGUCGUCCUCCACCAUCGCCAUAAUCAACAACUGUGGGGGACGAGACACUCAGAACGGCUUCAGACCCUGUGCAAAAACCUCAAGUCCAAUAACACCCUGCUCUCCGACUCCGCAGGCGACCAUUUUCGGACGAUCCGCAAGCUAGACACCGACGUAUCAUCAGAGAUCCUCCCUCUUCCUCCCUUGUCGUCAUCAACGUCGUCCAACGCCGUCGCCUGCCCCGUCCCAUUUGCCAUCUCCCCCCGCGCCCCAGGUUGUGCCCUGCCCCACAAAACCCCCCAUCAUUCUUAUCCAACCAAGUCAAGUUGCUAG